GUGUCUGUCAUGGCCACCUCAGCGGCAUCGUCCUCCUCGUCCUCAGCGGCGGGAGGUUUCGGGGGAGUCUCGGAGCUGACUCCUCCGCGGAAAGUGCUCUUCACUUCACCCAAAGGGGCCGGAGAGCUGCUGGAAGAUGCGACGGAGAGAUUCUUGUGUGAAGCAGUUUUCAGCUAUCAGGUGGCUCACACAUUGAGACAGGUCAAACGAGAGCAACAGUGUUCCCGAAUGGAAAAACUGGCCAGUUUGGUCGAGGAGUUAGAGGCGGACGAAUGGCGCUACAAACCAAUCGAACAGCUACUAGGUUUCACUCCUUCCUCUGGAUGAGAUGAGAGAGAUUGGAUUUAUUCCACUAACUUGCCAGAUUGUAACUGGGAGAUUAAAUACAAUUAUUUUUCUGUGUAAAAAUGUGCAUGUUUAAAUACUGUUUUAAAUGUACAUAACAGACAUGGGGGUUGUGUUCAGGGUACUGCUUUGUUAUUAAGACUUUUUAAACUGAUGUACGGAUCUAUGAGCUGAACUGUUAAUAAAUCGACUUUUAUAAA